GAGGCGGCUGGACUACGUGAACCAUGCCAGGAGACUGGCAGAGGACGACUGGGCAGGGGUGGAGAGCGAGGGCGAGGAGAAGGAGGGGGAAGAUGCGGAGGAAGAGGAGAUGGACGUGGAUGCUGGCAAGAAGCUGCCCAAGCGCUAUGCCAAUCAGCUGAUGCUUUCUGAAUGGCUGGUCGAUGUCCCCUUGGAUCUGGAGCAGGAGUGGGUUGUAGUGGUGUGUCCCGUCGGGAAAAGGGCGCUAAUUGUGGCGUCCAGGGGCACAACAGCAGCUUACACCAAGAGCGGCUUCUGCGUCAACAAGUUCCCAUCCCUGUUGCCAGGGGGGAACCGGCACAAUUCAACGAGCGAGAAAGUGUACUGCAUCUUGGACUGCAUCUACAACGAGGCAAAGCAGACGUACUAUAUCCUCGAUGUGAUGUGCUGGAGAGGACACCCUGUUUAUGACUGCCAGACCGACUUCAGAUUCUUCUGGCUUUUCUCAAAGAUCCAAGAGGAGGAGGGGCUGGGAGAGAAAAGCAGGAUUAAUCCAUACAAAUUUGUGGGCCUGCAGAACUUCCCCUGCUCCUCGGACAGCCUGUGUAAGGUGCUGGCUAUGGACUUCCCCUUUGAGGUUGAUGGACUUCUCUUCUAUCACAAGCAAACCCACUAUACCCCUGGCAGCACCCCGCUGGUGGGCUGGCUCCGGCCCUACAUGGUACCCGAAAUCCUCGGGCUUGCUGUGCCUGCUACUGUGCUCACUGCCAAACCAGACUAUGCUGGGCGUCAGCUCCAGCAGAUCAUUGAGAGCAAGAAGAGUAAAAAGCUGGCAGCGGAAAAGGGUCACCCGAGCAGCGCAGCGGCUGCGAGGAACGGACAUUACGAGCUGGAACACUUGUCUACCCCUCGGCCAGCAAACUCUCCGGAGGGCCGGGAUGAAGCAGUGAGCCAGAUGGAGGAUUAGGCUGCUGGGACAGACCGGCUGGGUAAGGAGAAAGCAAAAGGAUCCCUGCUUCUCACUGUCACUCACGCU